GUGGGGGAGGACUCCUCCAUUUCCUGACCGUGCGCCCCUCGCCGUCACUGUCCCCUUCCGUCGGAGCCUGAAGCUCUUCCGGGUUGUUGUUUGGAGUCGGCGCCCCGCAAUGUCCACGGAAUCAGUGAAGAAAAGGAAAACCAAAGUAAUCCGGAGCGAGGGCGGCCCCGUGGAGAAGGAACCCAGGAAGGGUCGAGGUGAUGGCGACCAGGAGAACCGAUCUUAUAGUGAGGAAACAGAGGUGGAGACGAGAGACCCUGCCAAAGACUACGAUCUCUACAAGAAAACAUGUGAAGACCUUCAAAGGUUGAUGGCUGAGAUUCAUGAGCUGAAGAGUAAAGGAGGGAAAGAUGCUGCAGCAGAGAUUGAAGAGCGGCGGAUCCAAAGUUGCAUUCACUUCAUGACUCUAAAGAAGCUAAACCGCUUGGCUCACAUCAGAUUAAAAAAAGGCCGCGAUCAAACACAUGAGGCCAAACAGAAGGUGGAUGCUCUUCAUCUUCAACUUCAGAAUCUUCUGUAUGAGGUGAUGCAUCUUCAAAAAGAAAUCACAAAGUGCUUGGAAUUCAAAUCGAAACAUGAAGAGAUUGACUUGGUGAACGUGGACGAAUUCUAUAAAGAUGCUCCAACAGAAAUUAGCAAGCCAACUUUAACGAUGAAUGAUCCCCAUCAGCAAACUCUAUCCCGUUUGGACUGGGAACUUGAACAGCGUAAAAGGUUGGCAGAAAAAUACAAAGAAUCACUAGCGAAUAAGGAGAAAAUUAUGAAGGACAUUGAAAUCAAAAAAGAAUAUUUAAGCAGCCUACAGCCACGACUCAAUGCUAUUAUGCAGGCAUCUUUACCAGUCCAGGAGUAUCUUUCCAUGCCAUUUGAUCAAGCUCAUAAACAGUAUGAAAUUGCCAGACACCUGCCUCCUCCACUCUAUGUGCUGUAUGUACAAGCAAAUUCUUACGGACAAGCUUGUGCCCAGAUGAACAAGGCCUCCCAGCCCUAUGGGCGGGACAAAAAUCUUACAGUAGCAAUUGAUGGGGACGUGGAAGAAGCCAAGGCACUUGCAAGACCACCAGAAGAUUCCCAAGAUGAUGAAAGUGACUCGGAUGCAGAAGAGGAGCAGACAACAACUAAACGCCGUCGCCCAACUCUUGGCCUACAGCUAGAUGAUAAACGCAGAGAAAUGUUGAAGCGGCACCCUCUGUCUGUUGCUUUAGACCUGAAAUACAAAGAUGGCAGUGUUCUUCAUCUCUACUUCCAUUAUUUGAUGAACCUCAAUAUCAUGACUGUCAAGACCAAAGUAACCACAGCUACAGAAAUGUCUGUAGCUAUCAGUGCAGGAGAUUUAUUGUCUCCAGCCUCAUUACUGAGUUGUCUGUAUCCUGGGGACCAUGGCAAGAAGACUCCAAACCCAGCUAAUCAGUAUCAGUUUGAUAAAGUUGGAAUCUUGACUUUUAGUGACUACAUUGGAGAGCUGGGUCACCCCUAUAUUUGGGUUCAGAAGCUUGGCGGUCUGCAUUUUCCAAAGGAUCAGCCACAGAAAUCCGUGAUAGCAGACAAUUCUUUGAGUGCAAGUCACAUGGAAACUACGAUAAGACUGCUGCGUGUAAGAUUGCAGUCCAGACUGGCUCUGCAGAAGCAAUUCGCUUCACUUGAACACAGUAUUGUUCCAAUAUCCAGUGAAUGUCAGCAUCUUUUCCCAGUGAAGAUCAUAUCCAGACUGAUCAAAUGGUGUGCCAUUUCAUAUGAUGACUAUGUGGCACUGCCUUUUACCAAGCAUAUCAUCGAGGCAGAUAUGGCUCAAGAGACGGAUCUCUUCUUUUCAGCUUUGAUUGAACGAGGGACAGCAAAACUCCAUGUGGCCGUAGUGUUGAAUCCGGGUUAUUCAUCCAUUCCCCCCAUCUUCAGUAUCUGUUUAAAUUGGAAGGGAGAGAAAUCAAGUCGUAAUGAUGAUAAUCUAAAGGCUAUAGAAAGUGAGGUUAAUGUGUAUUUCAAGGAGUUGCUUGGUCCUAAACCAGGCCAUCAGCUGCUGACAAACCAGGUCCAGCGUUUAUGCAUGUGCUUGGAUGUGUAUCUGGAAACAGAAGCUCAUGAUAACAGCGUGGAAGGGCCAAAGGAAUUCCCAAGAGAGAAGAUGUUUCUACGUCUUGUUAGAGGUCCUAAUCGAAUCAAGCCGUUUAAAUAUAACCAUCCACAGGGAUUCUUCACACACCGGUGACUCAGCGAUACUUGAAUGAAAUUGAUUCACGCUGCAGCGCAGUGUAGCUGUUAACAUUAUGAUGGGCCUUUCACACCAGAUUGGAUUAAAAUUUAGAGAUGAAACAGCAAAAACUAUGUGCAUCAGUGUUAGAGCUGUGUGCUUUGUACUUUGGAUUGAAUAUGAUGAUGAAGCAGAUUUCAUGGUGGGACUUGCAUUUUGUCUCCCAAGAUAUUUGCAAAUGUUUUUUGUGAAUAUAUUGGCUUUUGUUGUACAGUAUCUCUUCCAACUAUUAUUGAAAUUCAGUUUAAAUUGCCAUUGAGUCUGGUUUACAAAUAGCUGAUUUUAUCUGCCGAGUUUCUUGAAAAGUUUAGUUUUAUUAUUGAAAAGAUAAGUAAAACAAUGAAUUUUCCAUUUUUGUCUCGAUGACUGACAGCAAACCAUUAACUCAUUCUUGUAAUUAAGAACUGAAAAGUUGUAAUAAAAUUCUGCAAUAUAACUGAGCAAG